AUCACGUGAUGGCUUCGAAAAGUUGAGAUUUGAGAUCAAUAAAAGAGGAUAGGACUAGACUCUAGAAGACAGCAAGACACUCAAGAGUAAAGACGGUAGAAAAUAAAAGAACAAAAAGACCAGUCCCACUUACCAGUGGAUGCAAAACGGAGAAGAAGAAGAAGAUGAAGAAGAGUGGACUGGGACGCUGGGUUCAUUCAGGCAAAUGGCGGGCCGGCGACGUGGUGGAGACCUGAGAUUGAUGAAAAUCAAACCUUUGGUCGUGGCUCACGGCGGCUCCGGUAUGUUUAAAAGCUCCACGCACAGCUCCGGCGACCUGUGUGGCGGUAAGCUUCGGUUUAUGAUGUGGUGGAGGUUCGGGCAAGCAAAGGAUGGAAGAGGAAGCUUUCAGAAGUCUGACGAAGCAGCUGUGUGGCGGUUCAUUCUAGUUUUUUAAAUUGGUGGAAACGUACAAGUUAUAUGCAUCAGUUUUAAUCUUGCAAUCUGCUGAUCUAAUAGUGACUAUUGAAGUUAUUCCAAGAGUAAUCAAGCCUUGAGGUUCUGGUGGGAAGUCAUGGAUAUUGGGACUGCUGACUCUGAACCUAGACGAAGUGGAUCAUUUAGUUGCACAAGCAGUGCCAAUUCUUCAUUGAGAAGGCGUUCUAUAAGUUUGUCAGCAGCUGCACCUGUUCAUAUUGAUGAUGACAUUGAAAGUGAGAUUGUCUCAGAGGCAGGAGAUAUCGGGGAUCGGGCUCUUCAUAGCAACAGGCACAGUGAGAGUAGCAGCCACCGCUUUUCUGUUGAUCAUGCAUUAGAGAAUGGAGUAUCUGCUCCCACUUCUGGGGAUAAUCUGUUGCACCUUAAUAGGUAUUGGUCUCGUGAUCCACCAACAAUGACUGCGAUCUCCGUAGUGACACCAUUGCCUGAGGAAAUCAUAUCUCCCCUUUCCACAGAUGCAAUUGUAUGCUCUAAAGACAAAAAGCAAGACGAUAAGGAAAGGUUGCCAAAGUUAUUGGAAUAUGCUUUGUGCCUCAUUCAUUUAGCUGUUUUUGGGAUUCUUGGGGUUUUGACAAGGUAUGUGCUAAAAAAGCUGUUUGGUCCCGGAGUCGCUGGCUUGACAAACGAUGAAAACAUUUUGUACCUUGACCUUCCUUCCAAUAUGGUUGGUUCUUUCUUGAUGGGGUGGUGGGGUAUUGUUUUCAAAGCAGACAUAUCCAGCGUGUCAGACUACCUAGCAAUAGGAUUGACAACUGGUUAUUUGGGAAGUCUUACAACUUUCAGCGGUUGGAACCAGAAAAUGCUUGAUCUUAUUGUUGAUGGCCACUGGGUGCUUGCUGUGCUUGGUUUUCUUGUAGGCUUGUUUCUUGCGGCCUAUGCCAUUAUUUUUGGGAUUGAGACAGCCAAGGGUUUCAGGUGGCUUCUAACAAGGCGAAAUGCGUGUACAGGAAGUGGCACUCCAAGCUCAAGCUGCAACUGGAGGGUGGACAGCUUCAAGCGUCACUUAGCAGUCAUGGUGGUGUUGAUUUUGAUGCUAGGCUUGUUAUGGGGUGCAUGUGGAGCACUGUUGAGGGAGGAGUUUAGCAGUGGCAGCAGUGGUGCUCAGCUAUGGUUGGCUUGUUUUGUUGGACCUCCAGGUGUGUGGAUCAGGUGGUUCUUAGCCAGACUUAAUGGACGUGGGUUAGGCAGGGCUGGUUUGUUUAAAUGGGUGCCAUUUGGGACUCUAGCGGCCAAUGUUUCUGCAGCCUGCAUCAUGGCAGCACUAUCUACUGUGAAGAAAGCUGUGAAUAGCCAGACUUGUGAUACUGUGGUAUUGGGCAUACAACUUGGAUUCUUGGGCUGUCUGAGUACUGUCUCUACCUUCAUUGCCGAGUUCAAUGCAAUGAGAGAAAGCGAACGCCCUUGGAGGGCAUAUGCAUAUGCCUUGAUUACCAUUUGCAUCUCAUUUGGGUUGGGGAUAUUAAUAUACUCUGUACCUGUUUGGACAAAGGGGUAUGGGUAAUAUGUUUUGUUUUUUUUUUUUUUUUAGUGGAGGUAAGAGCAUGUAGAUGGCAGCCUUAUUGUGUAAAUCAUAUAUGCCUUGAUAUCAAGUUGACAUUUAGUUGACCAAAAUGCUGAGGAGAUAGUUAUAAUCAGCAUGUAUGCCGUGAUAUCAAGUUGGCAUCUAGUUGACUAGAAAGCUGAGGGAUCCUAAAAAUUCAUAUAGGUACUACAGAAUUAUCAACAGAUGAGUAUUUUGUUUAUAAGUUAAGGGUAAAGUGGUGGUUAUGCCAUCAUGUCUUUGCAAAUGCCAGCCAUUUUGAAGCACAUAUUGCUUCGUUAACAUUUGUGCAGGAGGGUUGAAUAGGUUGAUGUGGUACAUAGGCGGACAUCUCUCGCUGCAUAUGGAGGUCCUUGAUCUUGAAAUCUGUGUUGAUGAUUAAUGUACUUUUUUUUAUAUAUAAUAAUUUAUCAGUUGGGGGAAGGGGUUUUCUAA